GUUCAGUUCAAACCUUAUACCGGUUCGGCAAAUCAGAGUAUUCGUCAGUAGUCCAAACAUUAUUUAAAUUUUUCGUACAAAAUGUCUGAGAAAUCAAAAACAUCAGUAGUGAAUGUUCGCUACACUAACAAGUUGUCGAGCAAUUCUUCGCGUGCGGAAAUGCUAUCCUGGGUGAAUAACACGUUGAAAUCGCAGUUUUUCAAGGUCGAGGAAUUGUGCACCGGAGCGGCAUACUGCCAGUUAAUGGACAUACUGUUUGCCCGGUCGAUCCCGAUGCAGCGAGUCAAGUUUCGCACAAACGUUGAGUAUGAGUACAUCCAGAAUUUCAAGCUUUUACAGGGAUGUUUCAACAAAUUUGUUGUUGAUAAGAUCAUUCCCAUCGACCGGCUGGUCAAGGGACGAUACCAGGAUAACUUCGAGUUCCUUCAGUGGUUUCGCAAGUUCUUCGAUGCCAACUAUGAGAGUCGAGAAUAUGAUCCUGUGAUAGCUCGGAAUGGAGCAAUGCUGGGACUUGGCUCGCCUCCCAUGGAAGCCAAGUUACGCAAAUCAGUGAAUAAGUCAAAUCCCCAAACUAAACCCACCGAAGAAUCCUCUGCUCAAACAGAUAGGGCAACAACAGAACCGAAAAAUCAAGUGUAUAAGUCAAAUUCUGAAAAUAAAACCAUCGAAGAAGCCUCUGCUCAAACAGAUUUGGCAAUAACAGAGCCGGAAAAUCAAGUGCAUGAAUCCCAAACUAAAACCACCGAAAAAGCCUCUGCUCAAACAGAAAAAGCAACAACAGAGCCGGAUAGUGAAGGUUCCAUUGAGGAGUUGCGGAAUUACUGUAAAUAUGUUUCGAGAAUGAAACAGGAGAGGAACUUUUACUUAUCAAAACUCCGAGCUAUUGAUCAUAUUUGCCAGAAAUACAAUAGUGGCCGAGAUAGGGUAAUCUUAGAAAAGAUUACUAAGAUUAUUUACAGCGAAUAAAUGUUCAUAACAAGCACCAAAUAAACUGCAUUCAAAUCGGCUAAGAAGCAAAAUUCAAAGCAAUGUAGUUAGUUAAAAAUCAUAAGUUAAUCUGUCAAUAAAUUUUUAAUACGAAGUU